CAGCGGCAACCGAAGUUGAUUUAUAACGUCGAUACAGAGAGAGAGAGAGAGCUACAAAGAAGGAAGAUUCAGUUAGUUACCCUUUCAUCCUCCUCCGUAACAAUCUCACCAAACCCUAAUCCUUCUCUCUCUUCAUCUUCGCGCCAACGCAUCCGAACAUGGCGCACUUCAGUUUCAAUCUCCUCCACAGCCUCGAACCCAAGAGGGUUAGCUCUGUUGGUUUGGCUUUCAGAGCGAAAGCUAUGGGCUGUAGAACUGUACCUGUUCUUAAAGUAUGUUGUUGUCCUUACUGAGUAAGCGCUCAUUGGAGGUUGAUUCCAGGGAUUCUUAUGGAUUUGCAUUAAGGCCUCAAUACGCACAAACAUACAGGGAGUAUUCUUCCAUCUAUAAGGAGGAGGAAGAUGAGAGAUCAGAUAAAUGGAGUGACUUCCUUGAACAGGUAGCUGAAUCAUCUGAACCAACUUCUGAGAACGAACAUAAAGAUACAUUGAAGGCUGAACCCGAAAGUAACGAGGUAAGAGAAGAGAGAAAUCCGCAUAAGCUAAGUAAUGGGGAUGAUUCAAGUGGGAGGCAGUUUUCUGAGUUAGAGGAAGAGACUAUUGUUGUCAGGAAGUCUGCUGAGGGUAAUGAGAUAAUAGAAGAGACAAUUCAAGAUAGGGUUAGCAAAGGAGGUGACUCAAGUGACAGGACGACUUCUGGAGGUACUGAGAUAAAAGAGGGUACUAGUCCAGGGAGGGUUAGUGAAGGGGAUGAUUCAAGUGGCAGGAAUUUUAUUUGUUAUAGUGCCACGGGAAAUAACUCUGGAAAGGAACAGCACCAUUCAGAAGAAAGAAAGACUUGUGAGGUUCAACGCUGGGCCGAAAUUAGGCCAUCUCUUAUUACCAUUGAAGAAAUAUUUAGUUCUCGUAUAAAGAAGGGGAAACAAAUGAAAGGUGGGAAAAUAAAUGGAAUUAAUGUCCAUCUUCCAUCAAUAGAAGAAUCUGAACCUGUAGAUGAUGGUAUAAAUGGCUCAAGGGCAGAAAAUGCUUUAGUAGAUCAAAACUUGCCUGAACUUUUCUCUCGAUGGAAAGAACUGGAAUCCCUUGUUCAAGGAGGAGUCCCAAAGGAUCUUAGAGGAGAGGUCUGGCAAGCCUUUGUAGGUGUGAAGAAACGACGGGUGGAGAGCUAUUAUGAGGAUCUGUUAGCUCGUGAUGAAAGUGAGGAGCAAGAUGUCUCAUCUGCUGCAUUUGGGAAAUGGAAAAAGCAGAUUGAGAAGGACUUACCACGAACUUUCCCAGGUCACCCUGCUUUGGAUGAAAAUGGCAGAAAUUCCUUGAGGCGUUUACUACUAGCAUAUGCUCGACAUAACCCUGAGGUUGGGUACUGUCAGGCAAUGAAUUUCUUUGCUGGUUUAUUGCUACUUCUUAUGCCAGAAGAAAAUGCCUUUUGGGCAUUUGCUGGCAUUAUUGAUGAAUAUUUUGCAGGCUAUUAUACUGAGGAUAUGAUUGAAUCUCAAGUGGACCAGCUUAUUUUUGAGGAAUUAAUGCGUGAAAGAUUUCCUAAACUGGUUAAUCAUCUGGAUUACUUGGGAGUGCAGGUGGCAUGGAUAUCUGGAUCUUGGUUUCUAUCAAUCUUUGUAAACAUAAUUCCUUGGGAAAGUGUUCUUCGAGUUUGGGAUGUGCUACUAUUUGAAGGGAACCGUGUUAUGCUAUUUCGAACAGCACUGGCUCUAAUGGAAUUAUAUGGUCCUGCAUUAGUUACAACAAAAGAUGCUGGUGAUGCAAUUACAUUGUUUCAAUCACUUGUUGGUUCAACAUUUGAUAGCAGCCAGCUUGUCUUUACUGCUUGUAUGGGUUAUCUAGCAGUGACUGAGGCCAGACUAAAGGAACUGAGAGAAAAACACCUGCCAUCUGUGUUAGAUGUCAUAGAAGAAAGAUCAAAAAAGGGAAGGGCUUGGAAGGAUUCGAAAGGGCUUGCAUCUAAAUUGUACAGUUUCAAACAUGACCCAGGGUCAUUGGAAGAGGAAAGAAUACUCACUGAAGGAAGUGAUACGGUAGCUGAUGGAAAUGUGCAGUUGGAAUCCCAUUCCUCUAAUUUAGAUGAAAUGCUCAAUAGUCUCAAUGUUGAUUCAGAAGUGGGCUCCCUACCACAUCUCCAGGAACAGGUGGUUUGGUUGAAGGUUGAAUUAUGCAGAUUGAUGGAGGAGAAAAGAUCUGCCAUACUCAGAGCUGAGGAGCUAGAAACAGCUUUAAUGGAGAUGGUGAAGGAAGAUAAUCGUCUGCAAUUAAGUGCAAGGGUUGAGCAGUUGGAGCAGGAGGUCGCUGAGCUACAACAAGUCAUUGCUGAUAAGAAAGAACAAGAAGCUGCCAUGCUGCAGGUCCUAGUGCGGCUAGAGCAGGACCAAAAAGUUACUGAAGAUGCUCGCAGAAGAUCAGAGCAAGAUCUUGCAGCUCAUAAAUUUGAAGUUCACGUGCUUCAGGAAAAGUAUGACAAGGCCAUGCAAUCAAUUGCUGAGAUGCAAAAGCGAGUUGUUAUGGCAGAAAGUAUGUUGGAGGCUACCCUUCAAUAUGAAUCUGGCCAAUCCAAAGCACUUUCUUCUCCAAGGACUGGUCGUGUACAAAGCCCAAGGUUUGAAAACCCCACCCGGAAAGUUAGUCUGCUAAGUUUUGGACUAGGCUGGCGUGACAAAAACAAGGGCAAACCAAAUGCUGAAGAAUCUAGCGAAAGUUUGCAUGACCAUAGCUCUCCCAGAAAAGAAUCUGAUAACCAAUAAACAGAUAGAUAGAACAUGCAGAGCACUACCACUGGAACCCUUCCCAGUGCUUUCCUGUCUACUUAGAAGUUCUAACCGUUUCUGAUUAUCACUACUCAAUUUUCUGUGUUAAUUGUGUCACAAAGUUAGGGGAGGAAUCCAUUGUAAGGAAUGUUUUAUAUGUUGAUAGGUCAAUUAGCUGUUGAAGGAACACUUUGUCUCUGACACUAACACUCGCUGGUAACAUUUAUACAUUUAAAGUUAAGCAUAUUCUAUCUUUGACACUAAGAAUCUUGCAAAAACAUUGUGUGUUGAUCUGAUUUUUGUAAUAAAGUGAGGCGGAACAACCGUGUCACUACCAUAGUUUAA